ACGGAAUCUGCACGUACAAAAUCUGCAUUUUAUACCCAUACGAUUUAAAACAAAAGAGUAACAGGCCCUAAUUCAGUUGUCACUUUCGCCCGGGUCUAGGGUUUCAUCAGUCUGAGCACGCGCGAAGCUUCCCGAAUUUAUGUUUCUUCGACUCUCGGUUGAUCGCAGAGCUGAUAGAGAGAGAAGGAUAGAAAAGUUCGUGUCUGCCACCUAACUCCGGAGAUCGGUCGUUCGAUGGAGCUUUCCGUCCGCCAUUUUUUGAGGUAUAAAACAAGAAUCUAUGGUUCUUGGAGUUUUGGUCGGAGGACUUCGUAGUUUGAUUGUUCUACGAGGCUUCGGGGUCAGGGUUUCGAUUCAACACCGAUCGAAUUGGGUCCUAGACAGCUGGGUAAUGUAUGGAAGAGAGCAGAUAGAUUUGUGAGAAGUUUGGAUAGAUGAACUCUGAGUAAUGAGAUUUUCUUCCGUAUACAGUGGAAACAAGUGGCUUGUGUGGAAUAAACGGGGCCAAGAAAAGUUGUUCUGCUUGAGAGGGUAAGAUGCCAUCUACUUAUUUUUCAAGUCUCAGAACUGCUGUGCGGUGUGGAACCCGGAGGUGUUUUACAGGGCAAGAAGGUGGAUCUCAAGACUCGGUAGAGAUUUUACUUGGCCAAGGAAAAUUGUUGUUUGGAAACUCAAGAUUGUUUCAUUCGACUCUUGCUAACUUCAAUAUAUUUUUGCGACCUGGCACUAUUUUUGCUGCGAGGUCAGAUUCUGUAGUUAAUCAAAGAAGAAAUCUUUCAGUUGUUGGGGCACUUUCCCGCACAUUUUCUAUACCGUCUGUUUCAGGCCCUUCAUUUCAGGUUUGCGGGUAUCACAUUGAUUUACUCCUCUCUGAUCCUAGUGACAGUUCUAUCGGCAGUAGGUUUCAGAAGGCAGCCAUGGCUGCUUCUGGUUCAAGAUCUGUACUUACUGAUCGCUAUCUUGAUAAUUUAACUCUAAGGCGUGCACAGCUUGCAACAUCAACAAAUAAUGGGAGUAUUUUUAUUGGAAAUAAUAGUUUUGACAGGUGCAGAAAAGUUAGCAUGAGCUUAAAGGAUCAAGAGAAACCUAGUAGUUACGUGAUUUAUGGAUAUUUCACAUAUAAUAUUUAUAAGAGAAGUUUCAACUCUGAGUCAUACACAGGGUCUGGUUGGAGAUAUUUUCAUGGCUCAUCAUCUGCAUGUAUCUCUGCUGGCACUGCACCUGACGUGUCUUUUGACAACUCUGCACGUGAGGAACAGCUUGCUAGUUCAACUGUUUCAUCUGAGCAGAAGAUCCUAAUGGAUAGAACCAUGAAGCUAGUUUCAGGGUCGUGUUGCUUGCCACAUCCUGACAAAGAAGAAACUGGUGGGGAGGAUGCACACUUUAUUUGUGAGAAUGAACAAGCUAUAGGUGUUGCAGAUGGUGUUGGUGGCUGGGCUGAUCUUGGUGUUGAUGCUGGUCAAUUUUCCCGAGAACUCAUGUCUAAUUCGGUAAAUGCUAUUCAAGAGGAGCCCAAGGGUUCAGUUGACCCAGCUAGGGUAUUGGAGAAAGCUCACUCAAGCACAAAAGCCAAAGGAUCUUCAACAGCAUGCAUUAUAGCCCUCACUGACCAGGGUCUCCAUGCGAUUAAUCUAGGGGACAGUGGAUUUAUGGUGGUUAGAGAUGGAUGUACCAUCUUCCGAUCUCCUGUACAGCAGCAUAAUUUCAAUUUUACAUAUCAACUGGAGAGUGGAAAUACUGGUGAUCUACCCAGCUCUGGUCAGGUUUUUAUCAUUCCUGUCGCUCCAGGAGAUGUCAUGAUUGCUGGCACUGAUGGUCUGUUUGACAACUUGUACAAUAAUGAGGUUACUGCAGUGGUGGUCCAUGCAACGAGAGCUGGCUUAGGGCCUCAAGUGACAGCUCAGAAGAUUGCAGCAUUGGCACGUCAACGUGCACAGGAUAAAAACCGGCAGACACCUUUUUCUACUGCUGCACAAGAUGCUGGGUUUCGUUAUUAUGGUGGCAAGCUUGAUGAUAUCACUGUCAUUGUUUCCUAUAUAACGAGUUCUAGCAAUGUACGACUCUCUGGAUCUUUGAAUCUGUGUCUCUGUCACUGCUAUCACAUAUGCGUUGGCACCCACUUUCCAAAUUUAUUUUUUCCUGUGAUUUUCUAGUUGAGCUCUUGAAUUUCAUGUUCUUCUAGGCUCAUAGUUUUACCAUCCUUUAAAAUAGCCAAUUGGCAUUUCUGACUUCUAUUCAAUCUAACAAUGUAUCCUAUUAUUUAUAGGUCCUCUUAAUCUCUCUCCCCAACUGAGAGGUUGAUUGGACGAUAGAGUUUGCUUGAAUAUCAAGCCAAUUUCUUACUUAUUUUGACUGGACCUCACUGCUGGAGAACAUCAUCCAGAAGUGCACUUGAACGAACCCUAAUGGAGGACAGCCUCCUAGGCUGCCUACUUUGCCUUCCCACUUGCUUUGGUAGUUGAAGUUUUAAUUUAGACAAUGUUAAUCUUAAUAAUUUUGCUUCUUUGAGGGUGGUUUUAUAGAUAUAUACGUGGGGUAUAUAUGUACUUGUUUGUUUGUGUGUACACAUGAAUGCCUGUGCUUGCUUGUGGGAACAGUUAGCAUGUAGUUGUAACUUAAAGAUCAUUCUCUCAUCUCUCAUCCCAUCUCAUUUUCCUCUUUCCUUUUUCCAUUCUCCUCUCUCCCUUGUCCAUUGUCCUGUAUCAUUUUGGCAUCAAUUUAAUUUUGUUUCCUCAGUUCUGCUGCAUCCAUUGUCAUGAAUGAGAGCUCAAUUUUCUCUUCUGGUCUCUCUUGGAAUGAGAAAUAGAUUUGCCUUUUUUGGUUUAAAAAAUGUCACUAUUGAUUAUGUGCCAUUUCCGAGCCUUUACUUGCUAAUGAUCGAGUCUGGAAUUAAAAUUUGAAGUUGGUACAUCUUUUUAUUGCAGGAAAACAGUUCAGCUGGCUCAGGCUAGAGGCUAUAAAAUAUUAAUGUUUCUUCAUGACUUAAAUCCGGUAUGGUGAUGCUGAUCGAGAAGUUGGUACAUCUUUCAUUGCAGGAAAACAGUUCAGCUGGCUCAGGCUAGAGGCUAUAAAAUAUUAAAGUUUCUUCAUGACUUAAAUCCAGUAUGGUGAUGCUGAUCGAUGAUUCAGCAGAUUGCCUGGCAAGCAUUUUUCAGGGAUUCUGAUGGUUCAGGUGGAUUAGAAAUCAUGUUAAUUCUGCCAUGUGUUUUGUGGGUGUUUUUGGUGAAUGGACAGAUACAGUUGCAUCCUUCUCUGAUAUCACUGAUAAUGUAUAUACAAAGGUUUAAGGUUUUUGGUUUUUGGUUUUUGGUUUUUGUACUUAAAUUUAUAUAGAUAUGGAAAGCCUUUAUUCACCA